UCUGAGUUAUAUUUCAUUUGUUUAUAUAAGAAGUUGUAAACCUUUCAAUAAGAGGUUUUCCACUCCUUAUAUAAACCUAAAAAGUAACAUAGAAGUUAAAAAACUUUAAAAUAAAAAAAAAAGCAAUAAAAAUCCUAAAUAAAUUAGGAAAAAUAAAAUUAUCAAUGAGAAAAAUAAAAACACUAUAAAGUAAGUUAUUUUUGAAAAAAAAACUAAAAUUUCUCUUUUUAAAAAUCCUCAACAUCAUGAGUUUGAAAAAUGAAUUUGGUGUUAUUAUUAACCUCUCUGAGGUUAACAAUCCUUAAUAAUUACUAAUCUUUAAUUUUGUUUUCUUUAAAGAAUUAAACUCGUCUUUCUAUUUCAAUUAUAUAGUGAAUGAUUCUGAUUUAUACAAUAUUUAUGAUAUAAUGAGAUUAAUUUUCGAUUAUACGAUGGUCUAAAAGGAUUGACAUAAAGGGAAUGGAAGUCCAAAAAUUAUUGUUAUUUGUGUUAUACCUUUGGCAGAUAAUUGGAAACUUAAUUAAAAACACCUUUGAAUAAUUAAACAAGGAAUUUGAUAAGAAAAAUAAUAAAAAAAGUCAAUAGAUCAAUAAACAAUGAUUUUUUUCUUAAGAAAAUAUAAAUUAGCGAUCACACAUUAAUUAUUAGAGCAGAGAUUUAAACAAAUGCAAAUUAAGAGCUCAUCUUGUUAACAAAAUGAUUAAUUAAGCAAAACGUUUAUGUAAACUAUUUAUUUAUUUAUUUAUUCACUUAAUCACCUGCUGGUACUGCUUCUUCAUCAAUAAACAAUGUUGUUUUGACAAUAUAGAAUAUAGACGGUUAUUUUUUAAAGAACUUUUCGUGCUAAAAUGUAUUAAAAUGAUAUUUUUUUUUAUUUUUUAAAAAUUAUUUUUGAGAUCAACACAUUCAAAACAUAUAAAAAAAUAUUUUUUUACAAAAAAAAAUUAAAUUUUUUAGAAUUUACACAUCGUUCCCAAAUAUUUUCUGGAAUUGAAAACAAAUUAAGAAGUGAUUUGUGGUUUGUAUUUUAAAGUAUUUUUUUAUUUUAAAAUAAUUUUUUUUUGAUAUUAUUAAAUUAUUUUAAUAUAUUUUUAAAUAAAAAAAUAUUUUAAAAAAUAACUAAUAUAAUAUAAUAUAAUAAUUGGAAUAUUUUUUAAGGCAACUCUUGCAGAGAAUCUGGCUGCUUCUGAAUUCUUCAGUCAAGUUUGGCUUGUUAACAGCUGACGUUGAUUGCUCUAAAUUAAUUCCCUAGCUUACCCUCUGAAGAAGAGAGGGUAUUGGGCACUAUUAUAUAUAUAUGGACGCAAGAUUAGUGCAGAAACAGAUUAUCACAACCAAGGAGAUGGAAGACACCAUGAUGUUCUUAAUUCUCACCAUUUCCUUCGUUGUUAUUGCUCUCAGUUUCUUGUUGCAGACAAGAAAGCAAUACAAGAAUCUACCUCCAGGCCCGUUUGCUCUUCCGAUCAUUGGUCAUCUCCAUCUCAUGAAACAACCUAUCUACCAAACCAUCCACAACCUCUCACAAAGAUUUGGCCCGAUCAUGUCGCUUCGAUUCGGUUCCCGCUUCGUGAUCAUUGUAAACUCACCCGAAGCUGUUGAAGAAUGCUUUACUAAGAAUGAUGUGAUUUUGGCCAAUCGUCCCCCGUUUUGCCACGGCAAGUACUUGAACUACAACUUCACCACCAUGGGAGCAGCCAACUAUGGUGAUCAUUGGCGCAGCCUUCGCCGCAUAGGCAAUAAUGAGAUCUUCUCACCGAAACGUCUCAAUGGGUUUCAAGAACUUCGUAAGAAGGAGGUCACGAAUCUCAUGAAGAGGGUUUCUCGUGUAUCUGGUGAAAAUGCAGGGAAGGUGGAGCUAAGGUCCAUGAUUUUGGACCUGACGUUUAACAUAGUAAUGACGAUGCUUGCCGGAAAGCGGUAUUAUGGUGAAGACGUGAGUGAGCUCGAGGAGGCGCUGCAAUUUAGGGACAUGAUGAAUCAGUAUGGUGAGUUUGCUAAGGAGACACAUCUAGGGGACUUGUUUCCCAUUCUGAGCAAUAUUGAUUAUAACGGGUUUGUUAAGAGAAUGAAAACCCUUAGCAAGAACAUGGAUCUGUUCUUGCAAAGACUGAUUGAUGAGCAUCGCGCUGACCGGGAUCGGAACACCAUGGUUAGCCACUUGCUGACUUUGCAGGAAGCACAACCCCAGUCCUAUACGGAUUCAAUAAUCAAAGGCCUAAUUAUGAUAAUGGCAGUCGCCGGAACCAGGACUUCAGCUGCGUCAUUGGAAUGGGCAAUUUGCAAUCUGCUCAACAAUCGACAUGUAUUGAAGAAGGCGAAAGAAGAAUUAGACACCCAACUUGGAAAAGACCACUUGAUUGAAGAACCAGACAUCUCAAAACUACACUACCUUCAAGGUAUCAUUUCCGAGAACUUGAGACUGUAUCCGGUGGCCGCCAUGCUAGUACCACAUGUGGCAUCCGAGCAUUGUACCAUUGGAGGAUACGAUGUACCACCUGGUACAAUGGUGUUUGCAAAUGCAUGGUCUAUUCAGAGAGACCCUAAGGUUUGGGAUGACGCAUUAAGUUUCAAGCCCGAGAGGUUCCUGAACGGAAAAACUGAAGCAUACAAGCUAAUGCCGUUUGGAUUAGGAAGGAGAUCUUGCCCCGGGGAGGGCCUCGCUUACAGGUUAAUGACCUUGACUUUGGGCUCAUUGAUUCAGUGCUUCGAAUGGGAUACGGUUGACGGUAAGGAAAUUAACGUAGAUGAGAAGGUUGCGACCCUCAUGUCCAGAGUUCAGCCAUUGGAGGUUGUGAUGAAAGCUAGACCAGACCUAGACGACAUUCUCGCCUGAGCUACCAAGGAAGUGAAAGGAAUCAAUGCGUUCAGUUCUCUGUUCUUUUCGUUUUUGUAAUUACGUUUAUCAAAUAAAGACUGUACUACGAGGAAUUAAGUUAAUGUAUUACGUUAAGCUUUGCUCCCAA